CGGAAAUGGCCGUCUCCUGUACUCCCGGUCUUUUCUCCGAGUCCCCUCCCGGCCCGGGGCGCCGGAGCCCUCGGACGCCGAGCUUUUCCGGGAAGGAAAUGUGCGGUCGGCCGGAGGGCCUCCGCAGCCCCGCAGAGGCCGCCAUGCUCCGCCUGCGCCCCACCUCCGUGCGGACCCAGGAGAUUGCCCACCUGCUGACCAGCGUCUUCCAGGACCUGUAUACGGUGGCUAGCAUAGGCCCGGAGCUGGGGGCCACCUUCAUCCAGUCCCGAGGGGGAGAUGACCCCUUUCACGAGAAGUUCGUGGAGGAAUUGCAGCAGCUCCACCGGGAUCACCGCCGACGCCUGGAAGAGGCCGACAUGGUGGAAAGGGUCAUCGUUGAGGCCCGAGCCCGGACUGUGACCGAGGAAGAGAGGGUCUGCAGCAGGGCAAAAACAGACACCGGAGAUCUGUUCAGCGGCAUCAGGCUGCCUUCAGGCUCGGUCCCCUUCAGGUGGGUGGAGGACAGUAAACUCUUGAAGAAGCACCACCUGCUUUGCCCUGAGGACUAUCUCCUGUCUCAAAAGGCCAACUUUUCCGGUGCCCCAAAAGAUGGAUUUGGUCCUGACCACAUCAGAUCCAACUUUAGCCAUGAGCAGCAUAUGGCAUGGCCGCCUUGGCGCUUGGCUCGACUCCUUCAUGGCCAGAAGCAUCCAGUGGCUCGGGUGGGCAAGUAUUUGACCAGCGUGAUGCAGCCUUCGACCCCUGAAGCCAAGGACCUUGACAAGCCAACCCCCCAGGCCAGUCCAGCACUGCUGCCGGCCAAUACCUGGAUGGGCAUUGAGCGGUGGCCGCUGCGUGGGCCCGAGCAGCGGCGGGCGGCCCAGAGUCCAGCCCAGAGUCUAGCCUGGAGUUCAGCCCGGAGCCCAGCAUGGAUGGAUCACCUGCCAACGGCGGAGCGUGUGCGGGAACGGAACCUCUUGGCCAGGCUGGAGAUGCGGCACAACUUUCUGAGAAACCCCCAAUUCUUGCCACCCAACACAGUGCCUGGGGGCGCAUCUCUGCUCGUGCCCUCCCCACGGGCCAUUCGGGGCCGGAGACAGAGCCGGGGCCGGGGUCAGAGUGCAGUGGCCCCGUCCAGCAGCACCGCCCACGAUGUGCCCGUGUUCCUGCCUAACCCGCCAGUGGUGGUUUUCACCGAGUUCCAGGCCGGACAGGUCUACGAGAUGAUCGUGGAGCUGCAGAACACAACGGCCUCCAGCCGCCACCUGCGCCUCAUCCCGCCCAGCACGCGCUUCUUCUCUGUGGGCCUGGGGCAAUUUCCCGGGGAAGGAGGCCUAGUGGCCCCUGGGAUGAGCUGUCGAUUCCCAAUCCGCUUCGCUCCCGACUCGCUGGCCGACUACGAGGAUUUCCUGCUGGUGGAGACCCAAGCUGAGCAUUCCCUCCUGGUCCCUCUCCAGGCCAAGAGGCCCCCUCCCAUGCUAACGUGGCCAAGGCGGCUGGACUGCGGCGCCUGCCUGCUGGGCGGCAUCAAGCUGCUGUGCUUCCUGUGCACCAACUACGGCCUCAGCCGAGGACGGUUCUGCAUCAUGCGCCAGAAAGACUGGCCUCCCCCGACUUUCAAGGCUGUGGCCCAUCGGGCCUUCGUGGAAGAAGCCCCAUUCACCAUCCUGCCGGCCCUGUUCGAGCUUGGGCCCGGGGACUCGGUCACCAUCGAGGUCCUGUUUUUCCCAACUGAACUGGGAUCGUGGGCACAAACAUUCAUCAUUGUAUGCGACAAUUGCCAGAUCUGUGACGUCACCAUUACAGGGAUGGGGGAGUUGGCUGCCGUGGAGCUGGUGCACGUUUCCGGCGAGGAGAGCCAGCUGCUGCCCGGGGAGGCCAGGGACCCGGCAGCCCAGUACUUUGUCUGCUUCGGACCCCAGAACCCGCAAGUGAUGGCUGAGAAGCAGUUGCUGGUCAGAAACUGCUCGCACCUGCAACUGCCUUUCCACUGGCGGACGAUGAAGCCCAACCUGCGGCCGCACACCCCCAGAACCGCCCCGUCUCCGGCCGAGGACCACCCGGAUCCGGGGUCGGCGUUUGCAGUCUCCCCAGACCAUGGGGUCCUGAAGGCCCACCAGGUCGCCCAGUUCUUGCUCACCUUCAAGCCCCAAGAGCCCCAGGAAUACCACAGUGUGCUGCAGAUGGUGCUAGAAGACGCCAUUGGAUCCCCCGGCCCGGAGGACAGCACAGGGGUUGGCGUCGGGGACAGCGCGGCCAUCGUCCUGGGGAUCGAGGUGAAGGGGUCAGCAGAGCCGCCACUGGUGGUCCUGGAGCCGGGUGCCAUCCUCAUCCCCGGGGCCAACUUCACCGGCAUCAGCGUCCGGAGGACCUUUCAGAUGUGGAACACCAGCCAGUCUGCCAUCAGCUUCUCCUGGGAGAGCGUCAUCGCUGACCACGUCAUCGAAGUGACGCCGUGCACUGGCACCCUAGAAGCCGACGCCCGAACUGACCUGGAGUUGCACUUGACCGGCGGGAACCCGGGCGUCCUCAGCAUCAGCCUGUGCUGCACUAUCGAGCAUUUGCCACAGCCUGUGGUCCUACACAUCCAAGCUGCCUUCCAGGGUCCUGCUCUCACAGUCAACGAGGCGGCCCUCAAUCUGGGUCUGCUUAGGGCGGGUGACGUGACAGUCAGCACUCUUUGGAUAGAAAACCGCAGCCCUCUGUCCGCCUCAUGGCAGCUUCAAGAGAGCCAGCAGUGUCUGCAGGACCGGGGCGAGGAGGAGUCCCCAUUCAGCAUGGAGCCUCCUGACGGCAAGAUCGGUCCUCUGGGGGAGUGUCAUGUGACUGUCCUGUUCAUGGCUUCCCGCUGCCAGAGCCUGCGCACCGCUCUGGUGCUGAGUGUGGAGGGCGGAGACUCGAGUUACAUCCCCGUGUCCGCCGAGAUCCAGUGCCCCAUCGUCAGCCUGCUGUCCAGCUCCCUGGUGUUCCAGGACCUUUAUCUCGGCGUGCCCGCCCAGGCCGCUGUCUGGCUCGCCAACCACAGUCUCCUGCCAGCCAGAUUCCAGUGGGGGCAGCUACUUGGGAGCCAGUCCUCCCUGUGCUGUGCCACGGUGCACCCCACCAAGGGCCUUCUGGGACCCGGGGAAGAGAAGGAGCUGCAGGUGGAGUUGACAGCCCACACCCUGGAGGAGCUGAGUCAACUGGGUCUACCCUGCCGUGUGUCAGGGAUGGGGGAGCCCCUCAUCCUGGCCAUUUCGGGGAGAGCACAAGGGCUGCACGUGACGCUGUCAGUGCCUGGGGACCCUGCACAGAGCAGCAGCGAGCAGCUCCCUGGAAGCCCAGCCCCCCUCCAACUGGAUUUUGGGUCCGACGUGGUGCUCGGGAGCCCGGUGAAGCGUCAGCUGCUCUUGACGAACGACUCGGCCAUCACAGCUCCGUUCACCCUGGUGCUGGAAUACUUUGGGGGAGGCCCCCUGGCCUCAGGCCCACCCUCGCCUACAUCCAGGCUACCUGCCCUCAUGACCUCACGGCUGGCAGAGGCCCUGGCCAGGAAGGAGAAGCAGGCCUUCGAGGAAGCGGUUCUGUCUCAGGGGAAAGGUGCGGCUUUCUGGGUGCAGCCAGCCCAGGGGACUCUGGGUCCCUUCCAGCAGCUCUGCGUGGACGUCACGGCCUACAGCAACAUGUGGGGGUCCUAUAGCGACAUCCUGUUCUGUAGGGUGGGAGACCUGCCAGCCACAGUGGUCCCCGUGAGGAUGGGCGUGGUGGGCUGCCCGAUCUCGCUGCAGAUGGUCGGGCCACAGCUUGGAGGACAGGCCAGCAUUCCAGCCGUCAUCAGAUUUGGAACUCAAGUGUCCGGGGGGGACACAGUCUCCCGUGCUGUGCGGCUGAAUAACUCCAGUCCCUGCGAUAUCCGCAUGGACUGGGAGACCUACAACCCCGAGGAAGACAAGGCCAAACUGCUGGACCUGCUGCUUUUUGCCGGGACGCCCUUCCCCCUGCGCCACCAUGAUGGCAGCGAGGUCCAACCGAGCGAUGGAUGCCCCGGGGCCUGGGGCCCCGGUGACCAGGACCACCCAACGACUAUUCCGGGAUCCACCCCACCCCCCGGCCUCCCUCCAGGCAGCCCAGAGGGCAUGCCUCCGAGUACAGCGGAAGGGAGUGAUGCUGCAGGCCCCCCGAGUCCUGAGCCAGCCCAGAAGCUUCUAUCUCUCGUGCUGCAACCCCGGGAGGGCAUCCCUUCAGCCUAUCCCUACGGCAUCACUCCUCGGCAAAUGACGAUUCCUGCCAGGGGCAGCGCCACGAUCCACCUGUCCUUCACCCCCCUGCUCCUACCUGAGGUUCUGUGCAGAGUGCCCUGUCCAGGGUUCGCACUAGGCUACCUGAGUCUAGACCGUAAGGUUGACCAGGAAGUCUCGGGGAAAGUGAAACGCCUGCAACACUUCGCCGUGGGCCCCCUGAGGAUUGACUUGGAAGCCUUUGUCAAACCUGCUCUGUUGAAAGUCGAUGGAGACAGCAAUGGGGGCGUGCACUUCCGCUGUACCGCCAGCGAGUUGAUCCCGGACUCCCUGCUCUCUCGAAUCCUGACUGAGGCAAUAACCCUCCGCCGCCUGAAGCUCUCCAACUGCAGCGAUUCCCCUCUCCGCUUUCGCCUUCUACUGGCUGCCCCCUUCUCCGUCUGGGCGACUGACCCCCGUGGGGCCCGAGUCCGGGGCAGCGAUACAGGUCCCCUGCCACCAGGCGAGCUGCUUUUGGCCCCGGGGCAGAACAUGCUGGUGACGCUGGCCUUCACCAUCUCGCUGAAGCUGCUGGAGCAGCAGAGCUUUCCCUCUGACUGCCAGCACCCCAGGGUCCAAGUGCUGCAGGCUGCGGAUGGCGAGAAACGGGUGGAUGUGAGCGACAGCCUGGUCCUUGAUUUCGGGAACCCAUCCCAGCAGCUCGUGCCCGUGCUGGCGUCGGUCACUGUUCCACUGCUGCGGCUCUCCACUAGCAGCGUGGACUUUGGGACGUGCUUUGUGGGCCAGCCGCGGAGCCGAGACAUCUUCAUAAUGAACCACAGCAGCUGUCGGAGCUACUGGACGGCGGUUCUGGACAAGCAAGGGCGACACAACAAGAAGCUUGCCUUUGGGGUCUCCCCUGGCCAUGGCAGCAUCGCGGCCCGCCACACCUGCGGACCCCCAUCCAUGGCCACGCUGCAGUUGCUCUUCACUGCCAGGGACAACAGGAAGUACGAAGCCACCGUGACCAUUCAUGGGAUGCUGGGAGAGGAGCCAUGUACCUUGAGCCUCUGGGGUCAGGGCUCAUUUGAUGAGAGAUUCCUGGCUGAGCACCAGGUCUGAGUGUCAGGCUGGGCGGGAGCCAUGGCAGGAGUGGGCACCAGGACUGAGUGGGCGGCUGAGAAUUAAACAGCUCCGUUGAAACACG